ACUCCGGCCGCUGCUCUGUCCUCUCCUUCCUCUUAUCUGUGUCGUCGGCCCCCUUCUCCACUCGCAACCAAACCCUCGCACACAGCCGCAGCACCAAAUCUCGUCGCCGCCUCCGGGACCCCAAGCGCGCCGCCGCCACCGCCGCCGCUGGCGGGGACCACGAAAGGACGCGCCGACUCCGGAUCUGCGACUCGCCGGCCUCCGAACGCACGCCACUGAACGGACGCGGGGCUUGGCUGCUCGAUCGCACCGCCCAGAAAAAGGGAGAGGCAGAGCCCCGCCGGAUUUAACCAGACACACCGAACGCGCAGCUCCUCCGGGCCAGGGGCCGGAGAGAAUCCAUGCAGCCGAGGUCCCGCAUUCGGGGCCGUGACCCGCCGCCGCCGCCGGGAGGACGCUACCGUCGCCGAUCCCCGGCCCCGCCGUCACCGCGCCACCAGCGCCGCCCGCGUGACCCGCCCCCUCCCCAGCCGAAGAGGCGCAGCUCCGAGCUGCCGCCGCCGCGGCGAUACGAGGAGAAUCCGAAUCCCCUCCCCAACGGCUUCGCGGCCGCCGCCGCCGCUGCAGCCGAGAGGCGUUCGCGCGGCGACAUCCUGCUCGAGGCCGGCCGCCUGGCCGCUCACUACUUGGUCGCCAAAGGACUCCUCCCCGAGCACGUUCUCCUGGCAAGGGAGGACCCAAAUCACAAUACCAGUUACCGCCCGGAGCCCCCCGUUCCCGUUCCCGCUCCCGCUCCUGCUCCGGCUCCGCCUCCGCCUCCCUCCAGCUUCGGGAGGAAGAGAGACGAGGACGACGGCUCGAGGUGGCGGCGGAGUGGAAGUGGAGCCGGGGACCUGGGCCGUGUCUCAAAGUGGGACGACGACAGGGAAGCCAAGAGGUCGGGGUGGGACCGGAGGAGCCACAGCUUUGACGGGAGGCGCAAGUACAACGAUGCCGUUGGCGGUGAUGCUGACCGGGGCGGCCGCCGGCCACGUGAUUACAAUGAGCCGAAGAGACCACCAAUGUCAAGGUCCUAUUCGCAUAACGAUCGCCGGGCUUUGGCUGAUGGCAGAGUAGAUCGAAGGAGGAGAAGCAGAAGCAGAAGCAGGAGCAGGAGCAGGACAAGGAGCUACUACAGUGGCAACAGGAGAGAUCCAGAUUUGCGGGCAGGCACUCGCGAUUUGGAUCGCUCCAAGGUGCCAGACUCUGGUGUUGUUCCUGCUGCUCGUGGCGAUGGAGGCGUGCACAAUGCGGAUGUCGAUGAAAUACCAAGACAGCUGAAGGUUCCUAGUUCAGUGGUGGUCAUGGAGAUGAAUGACGGUGCUGUUGAAGCUGUGGCUAUUGAAGAUAAGCAGGUGGAGUCAGAGACUGCUGGACUGGAUCAUGCUCAAGACAUGUCUGAAGGUGAGGAUGGUGAGUUUGCAGAAGAGAUUUCUGAAGACGAAGAUGGUGAGUUUGCAGCCUCUGACUUGAAUGAUGAAGAUGGUGAUGAAAUGGAUGACACCCAGAGCAAACCGUCUGAUGUGCAUGUUCAUAUAUCUGAAUCUAUUGACGAACCUGUCCAUAGACAGUCCCAGCUCAGCAAUACUGAGGGAAUGGAAACUGGCAUUGCACACAUGGAUGCAUGUAUGUUAGAGCCAUUGGCAGAGAACAAUGUUUGCUCUGAAACAAGGUAUGAAAUGGAAGCUCCACAAGCUGGAGCUGAAACUGCUGUUGGUGAUCUUUAUAGAGAUGAACAAGAGCAACCAUUGACAGAGGAUAAUGGUUGCUCUGAAGUAAAGUAUGAGAUGGAGGCUCCACAGAGUGAAUUGGAAACUGGUGUUGGUAAUCUUGUUAGAGAUGAACAAGAGCAACUAUUGGCAGAGAAUAAUAAUUGCUCUGAAGUAAGGUAUGACAUGAAGGCUCCGCAAGGUGAGGUCAAAACUGGUGUUGGUGGUCUUGGAGAUGACCAAGCGCAACAAUUGAUGGUGACCGAUGGUUAUUCUGAAUUAAGAUAUGAAACAGAGACUCCACAAACGGAAGUUGAAACUGUUGUCGGUGAUCUCAGUAGGGAUGAGCAUGAGCUGCCAGCCUGGUACAAAAUUUUCGAUCUGAAUGUUAUUGAAACUCCAGUGGGCUGUGAGGUUUCCGAGAUCUCUUGCGGUCAUCCAGCAGACGAUCUUUGUGAUUCUGUGCCUGAUUUAGUUGGUCAGGCGAACCAACAAGCAAACGAUGAUACUUCAAAAAUUCAAGGUCAAGAUGAUCAUGCAGGGACCAAUCAAAUGUUGGAGGAUGAGUCUGAUUUGAGUAACUAUGAUUUGAACAACGAAGUUGAUGAACAUGCACAGGAUGAUACUUCAGAAAAUCAAGUUCAAGACAAGAAUGCAGAGGAUAAUCACCUACUGGAGGAUGGGCAUGAUUUGACGAAGUAUGAUGUGAACAAUGAGGCUGGUGAGCAUGCAGAUGAUAAUCACCUGGUGAACAGUGCAGAGAUACUUCUAAGUCAUAGUAUGGUUGCGCAUACUUCAGAUAAUUGCCAUAUGAACAGUGAGAAAAUGCUUCUAAAGCAAAAUGUGGAUGAGCAACAGAUGGAGAACGAGCAGAUGCUUAUAGAUCAAGUCAAUACUGUUCAAGUUCUGGAUAGUCACCAUGUGAAGGAUGAACAGUUGCUGCUAGGUCAUGGUGCAGAUGAUCAUCACCAAAUGGAGCCAAAUCCGAUGGCUUUUCCUUUGGGUUCUCAUGAUUUGGAUGACUACUAUCUGAGCAGCAAGCAAAUACUUCUGAAUAAUGAUGCAGACCAACAUGCAGGAGAUAUACACCAUUUGAAGGAUGGGCAAAUUAUUUUAGAUGAGGCUGCAGAUGGACAAGCUAGAGUUCACAAUAUGGGCAAUGGGCGAACAAUCCCUGUAAUUGAUCUGGAAGAUGAUUAUGCACAGCAGUCUGCCAGCAGAAAUACAGGAGAAUAUCUAGAAUCCAUAAGUGAUACUUCACAUAAAUACACGGAUAAUGUUCUACAAGAACAUAUGUGUUCUCAAGACUAGCAAGCCUCAAGUUUUCCUGACAAUCUUCAGACUAACACACAAGCAGCUUCUUCUUCAACUGUCACACCAGAUUUUCGAAAUUGGUGUACUGGAAAGGAUGCUGUGAAUGCACAGGUGAUUCCCAUUUCCCAGUGAUGAUGAUGUGCUGUAUGACCCUUUCAAAAAAUGAUGUUCUGUAUAUUGGAUUCAGUAAUAUGCCAUUAGAUGUUAUGAAUGUCUAGGACCUGCCAUCCUCUGAGCUUGGGAAAUCCUUAUGAGCCCUGGGACCCUUGCAGUUUGUGCGUGCAUUCAGACCCUACACCAGACUAUGGGAAGACUGCACCAGACCGGUUGCUGAAGUUAGUUAGUCGACUGGUCAUUGUUCUGUAUGUUGUGCAGUAGUAAUUUCUUUUAGAAUCGUAUUGUUUUUUUUUUCCUAGGGCUCCUCUUUAACAAGUUUGGUUGAGUGAUAACUUCUGACCCCCGAGAUGUAGUUGCGAUGUCAGUAUGUCUAGAUCGUUUUUUCACUUGAAAUGAUUUGGCCGUUUUGUGCUGCGCCUGCUCUUGCUCUCCUGCUUUUCAAUGGUACUGUGAAGCACAUAGAAAAUAUGCUUCUCGUGCAGCUCGUCACGCAGAGGCUGUUGCUUGCACGGGAGUAGCAAUAACCACUUCAUUCGAUUCUAACCUAACUGAAGCAUGCAGUACACAUCUGCCGUUGCCGAGAUAGGUGGAUUUUUAUCCUGGAUCUGGCGUUGCAGCUGACAUCACAGGGAAAUCGUCUGUGGCGUGAUAGACUGAGGUCUGGUUUAGAUCCAAAACGUUUUUGGAUUUUAAUAUUGCAGCACUUUUGUUUGUA